GUUGUGGUCGCUUCGAUCCUUGGGAAGCUCUUCGGAAUCUUCCAGCACUCAGCUAGCCCCCAGCUCUCUGCAAAACACAUCCACCCUCGUCCUGGAGGUUUGAAAUCUGGACUUGGGGAAUGGUGUGCUGAGGACCCUCUGGAACUCACGAUCCCUACCUGGACUUGAAGAAACCCAAAGCCCGAGUCAACAUGGCCAACCCAGCGCAGCCUCCGCUUCAGGACCCAGGCUCCACCUCACCCUUGGAACUGCCUGAGAUGGAGAAGCUACUCACCAAAGUGGAGAACAAGGAUGACCAAGCCCUGAAUCUGUCCAAGUCUCUGUCAGGGGCUCUGGACCUGGAGCAGAAUGGUCACAGCCUGCCCUUCAAAGUCAUCUCCGAGGGGCACCGCCAGCCCUCCCUUUCCGGCUCCCCUUCCCGGGUCAGCUCUCGGCGAGCAUCCUCCGUCAUCACCACCUCCUAUGCCCAGGACCAAGAAGCCCCCAAAGAUUACCUGGUCCUUGCCAUUGCCUCUUGCUUCUGCCCCGUCUGGCCCCUCAACCUCAUCCCCCUCAUCUUUUCUAUCAUGUCUCGAAGUAGUGUGCAGCAGGGGGACCUGGAUGGGGCACGGAGGCUGGGCCGCCUGGCACGGCUACUCAGCAUCACCUUCAUCAUCCUGGGCAUCGUUAUCAUCAUUGUGGCUGUCACUGUCAAUUUCACAGUUCCGAAGUAACCGUGGAGCUGUUUCUAGCGGAGGCAGAUGUCGGCCAGCUGGAGAGCUCCGAACCCACAUGUCCCCACACAUUACAAAGGACAGGAUGGUGGGUGCUGAAUGCCCACCUGUCCCCAAGAUCCAAAAGCACAAACUUGGAGGGAAAUCUCUCCAUCACUCCAUUGCCAGCCCACGGCAGACGGGAGGGAAAAUCUGGAAUGAAGUUGGCGGUGGACUCAAUCUCAUAGUCAAGUCUCUCGCCUUUUGACCUCAGUUUUUGGGCUUGUUUCUCAUCCCACAAUUCCUGGGACUUACACGUAGCGUAAACUGCCAGAAUGGGAAGAAAACCAGCCCCACGGCCAAGAAAGAAGCACUGGGUGUCUAUGAACGUGAGCACAUCCUGGCCGCUGUCUUUUCUAUUUUUCUUGAGGGAGAGUAAAGCGACUGCUUGCAUGCUUUGUGCCCAGCAUCCACGGUGAUCCCAGCCAGAGCCCAAGGGGAAUCUGUCACUCAGCACAGGCCCUGGAUGCCCACUGGCAAAGAGGCAAGGGCCAUACUGAAAUCCUCCACUGUCUGAAUAGGGAUAGCAUGACAGACCCGGUGCUCUUGCUGAACGCCUCGCUGGUGGCUUCUCUACCAAGGAUUCUGGAUGCAGAGUAUCUUCCAGAACCACAGGAUCUGCCUCUUGAUUUUUACCAAUGCUGUAGCUUGUGGGCACCAACCUGGAAGCCCUAGAACUUGACCUUUCCCAGGUCAGCCAUGGGGGAGGGACGGGGCUUGAUUUCUCUCUUGCCACUGACUCUUUGGAGGUCUGGAAUCCCACCUCGGUACCCCCACAAGUGGCUCAGGAGCCCUAUACAGGGUUUUCAGGGGACCCUACACAGAAGAGCUGAAGUAGAUCCUGGCUUCAGACUGUUAGCCGAGCUCUAAUGGAUGCUCUGUGCCCGGUUCUGCAUCCCUGGCCAUCCACAGCAGCAAUGGCUUUCCCUAGAGGUAGCUUUGAGGCUCCUAUUGGACUCUCUUGUUUAUUCAUAGACUCUGGGGAGUUGCUGCAGCGUGUAAGGGAGGGGGCUAGUGAAUUCUUAGGAAGGUUUGUUAUUUCUUGAUCUGGAGUCCAAGGAGUCAAUCAGGAGGGGCUCACCUGAAAGGGCAGUCUGGGGAGUGGGGACCAGGACAGGAAGCAAAAGCCCAGUAGCCAUAGCCUCUCCUGAGCAGAACAUGGAAAAGAAGCUGCCAAACAGCCUCAUGCUUGUUGCAUCUCUAUUUCUCCACUGUUUUGCCUGGCACAGGCUCUGCCCAUGGGGGCUUCACCUGCUCGCCUCGCCUGCUCUGAGCUCCAUCUACCCAAUGUCAUACUCCACCACCACCAACACCUUCAGCUCAGACCUGGCAGAGGGGCUCCCUUGCCCAGCAGCCAGGGUUUUUUUUUGGGGGGGGGGGAACAGGUCCAGUGCCACGACUACACUGGUUAAGAAUUAGAAGUUCACUUCCUCUGAGCAAAAUUAGGAUUCUGAGUCCUCCUCCCUUGGGCUCCAUGCUUGGCUCCCUGAGAUUUCAGAGACCCUGGGCAGGGCAAGCUAGCAUAGAGCACUGGCCGAUGGGAGAGAGGAGGUUGGUACCCCUAAAUCAGUCCCCUGUUGAGGAAGUAAACUUGGACUCAUGUUCCUAAAACAGGGACUGGCUGCACGCCCUUUAUGGGAUCUUUGAAACCAAACUAGAGAUGUCCUCAUUUUCUGUGGGAAGUAAGCACGCGAGAGCCCAGAAUAUGGGUGUGACUUGAGAGGUUGGGUCAGGCGAGAUGUGCUAUCUAAAGAGCAGCUUACCAGAAACUCCCGAUCCUGAGCAGGUGACCUCCUAAAGGCCCUCCCAGGACAGAUACUGUCUAGGGCUUAUCAUGAUGGUUUCUACAUCACCGGAGUCCAGGUCCCCCGCAGCCAUUUCUUCUCAUCUCCUAGUCACAGCCUGCCAGUCACACCUUCACCCAUGCACACCCUUACAUCCCUCACACACGGAUUCACACUUCAGCCCGGAACAAGCGGAAUCUCUACAUUAGGGAAUGGCUUAGCUAGAACAUUCUUCUACCCAGGCAAGAACAACCUAGGAGAUUUCCCGUGGUUCCAGGGACACAGCCUAGAGGUCCCCAAGUUAUCUCCUGGGCAGGGGGGAGCUCAGGGCAGGAGGAGAGAGACCUUUGGAUGGGAGGCGAGUGAGCGAGAGUUCUCUCAGCCCCCAGUUCCCACUGAAGCUAGGAGGGACGGGGCCCUGCCGUCUCAGCUCUGGCUUGGUUCAGUUGCCAGCUGUAUGAUUACAGUGGCUGAGCAGAGCGACUCAGCCUCUCUUUGGGAUCCUGGUGAGCAUCAAGAACUGCCCCUCCCCACC